GGAAGUGGCAGCACAUUAAAGAAAGGAGAGGACGACACGUAGACUGGGUCAAAUACUGAGCCAAAAUGGACUUAAACACAUUCCAGCGGAUAUCAGGCUGCAGUAUUGUUUGUUAGUGUGGCCAGUUUUUCCGCUCUUAACAGCCUAAAUGGAGACAGACAGAGGUGUGGUUUUGGCCACAGAGAGAUAUGGUAGUGCAGAGUCCUGGAAGUAUUUUGCAAAAGAUGAAGUGAUGGAGAGGAGAAGAGAUGGGAGGGAAGGUGAAUCAAGAGGAAACUCUAUUGUUGGAGUUUUUAAAACUGUCUUCCUGCCUCAAGGCUAUCCAGAGAGCGUCAGUGAUGACUACUUACAGUACCAGUUUUGGGAUACUUUGCAGGCAUUCUCCAGCUCUCUGUCAGGGACUCUGGCCACUCAGGCUUCUCUCAAAGGUGUCGGUGUUGGAAACCAAGAGGCGACAGUCGCUGCAGCCACAGUUACCUGGAUACUGAGAGAUGGAACUGGUAUGUUGGGAAGAAUUCUCUUCGCCUGGCAUAAAGGGAGUAAACUGGACUCUGAGGCCAAAAAAUGGAGACUUUUUGCUGAUGUCCUCAACGACAUUGCCAUGUUCAUGGAAAUAUUGGCUCCAUACUUUCCUGCUUUCUUCACCCUGAUAGUGUGUACUGCAGGGGUAUUCAAGUCCCUUGUUGGAGUGGCAGGCGGUGCGACCAGAGCUGCUCUGACUGUUCAUCAAGCUCGCAGAGACAACAUGGCUGACAUCUCUGCCAAAGAUGGCAGUCAGGAGACUUUGGUUAAUCUGGCUGGACUGCUGGUCAGUUUGAUGCUCAUUCCCCUCGUCACUGAUAAUACAAUACUGACUCUCAGCCUCUUCUUCCUCUUCACCGUCCUCCACCUCUUUGCCAACUACAAGGCUGUGCGUUCAGUCGUCAUGGAAACCUUCAACGAGGCGCGGCUUUCGAUCGUGCUGCAGCAGUACGUGAGAGAUGGACAGAUCCUGAGUCCACUAGAGGCCAAUCAGAGAGAACCAGUUUUCUUUGAGUUAAGGAAAACGGUGCCAAUCAGACUUGGAGUGAGGCUGCAGGAGGUUGUACAAAGCCCAGAGGAACUGAAUUUGGCUUUGAAGGAAAACAACAUGCCUUACAUAUUAGGAGUACGUAAUGGCUGCGUCUGUGUUUGUUUGGGACCAGAGGCAUCGGUGCGUGACGAAAUCAGAGCAAUGUGCCAAGCUGUGUGGCUCAGCAACACAUUGAGCCCUCCAACCCAACAACAGCAAAGUCCCUGGGAAAUUGUGCACGAAAGUCACAAGUUGAUGGACAAAAUUUUCAAUACAUUUCUCAAAGGUGUGGAAGCUGCUGGAUGGGACGUAAAACGAACUCUGCUGGACUGGGAUGAGUGGAGGGUUGAAUGGAAAACAAAAACUAACUGAGCUGUGAAACGUUUGCAGCCAUUCCACAUUGUUUAUAUCACUUUUUUAAAUGCUAAUAAAACAGUGAUACUUUUUCAGUA